AUGAAAGCAUUCAUCCAUUAACCAUCUUAUUUAAGGAUAGGUGAUAACCUUCCUAAACCCACUAUGACAGGUAAUCAUAACCCAUCAUAAGAGGUAAAGGUCAAUAUGUAGUUACUUUUAAACCUGAUAUUCAUAAAAUCUAUCCAAUUGAGAAUUGGAAUUUUAUAACUUUGA